UACACAUAUAUUUACGGUAUCACUACACAUCGUCAAUGUCAACAUGAAGACGGUAUUUGUUUCCGAUAUAUCGGAAGAGAGAGACAGGUUAAGGAAUUACAGGCCAAUAUAGUUGAGGCAAUGACACGUAAUGAUGGUGGUUUGCCAGUUGCCCUCUCAUUCUUUGAACUCGCUGCUGAUCACACAAGAAUGAAUGAAAAAGUACUGCAGCUGUUUCAUAAGAUAGCCCAUGAUAAACUCAGCAGCCAUAUAUUGGCAGUUGUUCCUGAAAAUCUUGCAUCUGUCUUACUUCAUCAGGCUAAAGAGCAAAGAUUAAUGACACCAUAUUACCAGUGGCUGCUCAUUGUGCCAGAUGUUAUGAAUCCCUAUGGUUUUAUUGACCUGUUGAGGGAUGGCAGCAAUGUUGCCUUUAUCUGUAACACUUCAAUCAAGAAGAAAGAUUGUUUGGAAGGCAUUUAUUGUCACAUAUCAGAAGUGGCUCACAGUUUUGUAGCUGCCCUGUCCCACACUACACAGCAGGAGAAGAACAUUUCACAACAAGUGUCUGAAGAUGAAUGGGAUAUUCUACACCCAUCAAAAAGGGAACACCAUGAUGCCAUUCUUGCAGCUCUUAUUGAACAGCUAGAUGUUAAAGGAAAAUGUGAUGCAUGUAGAAGAUGGACAAUCUUUGCAGCAGAAACUUGGGGAGUAGGUGCUGUUAGCUCACUUCCAGAAAUAGGUAUAUGGACUACUCAUCUGGGGACACAAUUAACAAACAAUUUGUUUCCACACAGUGCUCACAGAUUUUGUGGUCGUAACUUGCAAGUGCUCUCAUUUCAUAGUCCACCAUGGCAAAUUAUCCAUUACAAUGCCACACGAAGGGAGUUCCAAUAUGAGGGUGUCUUCUUCAAAGUUCUAAGUGUGCUGUCUGAGCGACUUAACUUCAGCUAUACAGUGAUGCAACCAACAGACCACAAAGGAAAUAUUGCCAAUGAUACUGAUCUUGUUGGCUCUGAUGUGAUGGCUACACAGCAACAGAGUGAGAAUGAGAAACUAGAAGACUUAAAAAAAGAUAUAGUGCCAUGGGACCAUUUCAUAGAAACUGUAGCACAGAAGAGAGUUUUUAUUGGAGCAGCAGCAUUCAUCAUAAAUGAUGCUCAUAAACUGAAAGUGAAUUUUACUUUUCCUCUGGGUACUGUCACAUACACUUUCUUAUCUGCACGACCUCGAGAGCUGAGUAGAGCUGGGCUCUUCAUUCGUCCAUUUGGAAAUGAUACAUGGCUAUGUGUUGUGGCAUCAGUACUGAUGAUGGCAAUGUUAUUGUACUGGAUGAAUCAUCUAAGUGUGGUUCCCCGACUGAAAAAGGUCAAUGGUCUUGCAAAAAUGGUGAACUGCUUUUGGUACAUGUAUGGUGCCCUGUUACAGCAAGGUGGAGCAAACAUGCCAAAAGCAGACAGCAGUCGCUUAUUAGUAGGAACAUGGUGGCUUGUCGUCCUUGUCCUAGUUACAUCAUACAGUGGAAACUUGGUGGCUUUCCUUACAUUUCCAAUACUAGAAGCACCUUUGACAUCUGUUCGCCUUAUGCCAGGAAGGGGACUUUCUUGGGGUCUGAUAACUGGUUCUUCAUUGGAACAGUUACUAAAAACAUCGGAUGACCCGGAACUGCACAAGCUGCAUGAGGAUGCCGUGCAGCAUAAAGAACUGAAUGAAACUCUGUUGUCAAUGCUGGCAUCGGGUGAUCACAUCCUCCUCCACAGCCGUCUUACACUGCGGCGACUGACACGAAUUGACCUGCGCAAGUCAUCAGUGUGUCGCUUCAUGAUAGGCGAUGAAAAUUUUGUUGAAGAAGAAGUUGCUAUGAUUCUACCAAAGGAUAGUCCGUACUUAGAGAUGAUAAAUGAAGAGAUAAGGCGGCUAAAGCAAUCAGGUCUUAUCGAAAAGUGGGAGGCUGACAGCAGACUCUCUGGGGAUCGCUGUACACAAAUAGCAUCUGCAUCUGAUGUUUCCAACCACAAAGUCAACAUGGCUGACAUGCAAGGGUGCUUCUUUGUACUUUUACUUGCAAACUAUGAUGAAUACUGCACACAACAUCCACAUUUUUAUAUUUUUCAUUUGUACAGAUGCAGUCCUAUUCAAGGAACUGCAGCAGCAUCCAUAACAAUAACUAUGGAACACAUAUUCCACUUGUAUACAAAAUCAAGAGAAAGAAGACUGGUCAAACCAUUUAUCAUCUGAUUGUGACUGAAUAUCACUAGCAUUACACACAGAAAGUAAAGUACUUAACAUCACGUAGAUAAAAUAAGUUACUUCUGUAAAUUGUAUAUGUUCCACAUUUGUAGUGAUGAAAAUCGUGAUUUCCUGUCAGAAAGGUUACAGUUAAUAGUACCCGACAGAAAGUCAUAGAGAAAAACAAGUGAUAUCUGGUAUUUCCCAAGUAAGUGUUAUAUGCCCUCCUGCUGUUUCUGAUCUGAUAUAUAUGAGGGCUAUUCAGAAAGAAGGGAAUGUUUUGGCAUUCAAAAAAAACCAAGUACAAUAAAUACAUCUUAUUACAUACAUAUGAAAGAGCGACUGACAUACAACUUUUCCACAUAGUCACCAAACACAGUGAGGCACUUAUCAUAGUGGUGGACAAGAUUUGAAAUGCCUUUGUCAUAAAAUUCUGCCACCUGAGACUUCAGCCAGUGAGUCACGCCCAUCUGGAGCUCCGUGUCAUCAAAGCACUGCGUUGCAAGUCAGUUCUUCAUCUUGGGAAACAAGCAGAAGUCACUUGGUGUGAGAUCAGGGCUGUAGGGUGGAUGAGGGAAAAUUUCCCAUUUGUAUGAAUUAAGGAGUUCUUUAGUAAGGUGAGGUCGGGCAUUGUCGUGCAAAAACAAAAUUUUGGAUGUCAGCUUCCUCGGCGUUUGUUUCAAACUGCUCUUCUAAGGCUGGGCAUAGUUUGACAGUACUGGGCAGAAUUUAUGGUUGCUCCAUGUUUGAGAGAAGCACACCUUGCCUAUCUCAAAACACUGUCACCAUCAUCUUCCUUGCUGACAAGGUUUGCAAACAUUUUCUUGGUUUUUGGGGGGACCUUGUGUGCCCCCACUCCAUGGACUAUAAUUUUGUCUCGCAAUUGACGUG